UAAUGAAUUACUUACUUACUGGUCGGAGCCGUUAUUGGUUUUCUUUAGUUGUGAACUCAACCAAUCACUGCGGUAUAUCGGCUGCGCAUGCGCACACCGCGGAACGGCUCCCACGUGGCUGCAGGGCUCCUCCUUUCCGUCUGCAGAGCCCGCCAGUGCAACCAGUGAGCCCAGUAAGGAGAAGCUUCUCCAGGACCGCAACAGGACUCUCCGCGUCUUCAUCCCGAAGCCAGACUACCAAACUGCCUCACUCAUGGCUGUAGUCCGGUUCUACAGUGAUGAAGCGGUAAACCAGCGAAUGCAGAGAGCCGCGAAGCUCCACCCACACCUGUCCAUCACCACGGAGCUGUGCUACAAUGUGGAGCUGACAGAGCCAAUCAGCACCGAGCAGACGGAGGUUCUGCUCUGGUUGUUUCGCCCUCUUUUUCAGGCUGAGCCGCUGUCACUCAAACCCAAGCUCACGGAGGGAGCCGAGGAGAAGCUAGUGGAGAUUGGACCGAGGUUGAAUUUCUCAACCAGCUGGUCUACAAACACAGUCUCCAUCUGUCAGAGCAUCGGGAUCAAUAUAGUCACCAGAGUAGAGCUGUCAAUCAGGGUUCUGAUCAAGCCAAUAAAGGGACAGACCCUGAAGCAUCUGGAAGGAGACGUGAGGACGCUGAUUGGUCGUCUCCAUGACAACAUGACUCAAUGCAUCUAUGAACGUCCCAUAACCUCGUUCGCCGUGGCGACGGAGCCACAGCCGGUGCUGGAGGUGGACGUCCUGCAGAGAGGUCGAGCUGCUCUGGAGGAGGUCAACGAGGACCUGGGUCUUGCCUUUGACUCCUGGGAUCUGGAUUUCUACACGUCGAUGUUUCAGAGGAUCGGAAGGAACCCGACUAGUGUGGAAUGUUUCGACCUGGCUCAGUCCAACAGGUGGGGGGCUUUGUUUACUCCCGUUGUUGUUGUUGACCGUCACUGA